AUGAUUCCAAUCCUUCGCAAUCCUAUUUUGCACAGUUUACGGUUUUUUGCAUCCCAAAAAUCGCAUUUUAGGAUGAGCCAAGAGGAUAAUCCGGCGGUUCCAACCCCCUUGAAAACGGCCUCCACCGGCAGCGGUUUUCCCCCCAAAAGUAACCCGCCCACGGACGCUUCGAAGACCCCGCCGCCGGGUGGCAAAACGCCCGGGACAGGCCCUGGGCUGCACCCCUUUGACGAUCGCGUCUUGACGAACGUGGAGUCGGUGAUCCAGGCGCGAUGGACGUGCCGGCAUUUCGAUGAAACCCGCCCGGUCGACGGCCCGCUCAUUCGGCGGCUUCUCACCACGACGAUGCGGGCCCCCACGGGGUACAAUCUCCAGCCCUGGCAUGCGAUUGUCGUCCAGGACGCGGCGCGGCGGGAGGCCUUGUGCGCGGCGGCGCUCGGCCAGCCCCAGGUUCGCCAAGCCCCCUUGACGGUGGUCUUCGCGGGGGAUAUGGAGGCCGAGCGCAACGCCCCGCAGGUUCUCGAAAUGGGCCUGGAAAGCGGCUACAUGACCGAGGACUACGCGCCGGCGUUUCUUCGCAAUGUGUACUACUUUCUCCACGGUGGGCCCCUUCAGGCCAUGGCGCUCACGAAGUCCAUGCUGUCAAGCUACUACAGCAGGCUCACGAGCAAUCCGCUUCUUUCGGUGCCCAUUUCCAUGAAAGGCUACGCGUGGAAGCAGACGAUGAUCCCCGCGACGACGUUUGUGCAUUUGUGCACGGCCGCCGGGUUGAAUACGUGUAUUAUGGAAGGAAUAGACGAGGAGGCGAUGCGGGAGGUGGUGGGGCUGCCCAGUCGAUUUACCAUUCCGAUUAUUGUGAGCGUUGGCUAUGCCGUGCCAUCCCCUACAAAUGAAGAGCGUAAACCGGAGGGUGAAGCAAAAUCUAAUAACAGACGGAGGUCGGUUUUUUCACCACGCUUUGCACCGGAACAUGUUAUUCGCUGGGAAAAAUUUUAA